AUGACUCACAGGACUUGGCCGGUGCUGCCGCUGCGCUUCGGGGUCUGCAGCUCCUGCACCUCGGCACCACCCGCUCUGCCCGGGGCACGGGGCCACAGACAGGCCGGGGGUCCCCCACCCAUGACCGUCCUGUCCCGGACCACGGCUCAACCCGAUACAGCUCACCGGUACAGCUCCCCGGUACAGCUCCCCGGGAGCUCACCGGUACAACUCACCGGGAGCUCACCAGUAAAUCUCACCGGGAGCUCACCGGUACAGCUCAACGACGCGUCCCGGCCGUUCAGCACCGCGGACAGCGGCGGAGAACGGGGCUGGCGGGGGGCAGCAGAGCCGGGAGAGGGAGCGAGGGAACCGGAGGGCCGGGGGAGCGGGGGACAGAACGACCCAAGGCACCCGCUGGCUCCGGCCGCGGCACCGCCGAGCCCCUUUGGCGGGCGCCGGAACGGAACCGGAGCGGCGGCUCCCGAGAGCGGGGAGAGCACGGUCUGCCCCGCCGCCGGGGACCCGCUGCCCCGCAGCCCCGUCCCGCCGCCGGGGACCCGCUCCCCGCCGCCCGGUGCCCCCCGCUCCCACCCCCCGCUCCCGCCCCCCGCCGCCCCGUGCGUGCCCGGCGCUGACGUCAGCCCGGGCUCCGGGGCCGAUAUAACCCCCGGACGCGCCGCCGGCUCAGCUCCCGCGGGACGGACCGCGCUCGCUCCGCCGCCAGCACCGGCAGCAACAGGGGACGGGCACAGCGCACCGGGUUCGGAGAGACCGAGGAUGCGGCGGGCGCUGCUCACUCUCCUGCUGCUGCUCGCCCGCUCGCCGCCCGUCGCCGCCCUCCCCACCACCACCGACGGCUCCGUCCCGGCGGCCGCGGCCGGGAUCGGGGCUCGGGGCCGCCCGCUCUGGCCGCCGCUGGCGCCGCCGGCCCCGGGGCAGUGGAGAGGGCGGCGGGACGAGCCACCGCUUUCCAUCGACCUCACCUUCCACCUCCUACGGCACCUCCUGCUCCUCGCCCGCGCCCAGAGCCAGCGCGCCCGCGCCGACUCCAACCGCCGCAUCCUCGACGCCGUGGGACGCUGACCCCCCCCGGGACCGCCGGACCCCCCGGGAACCCCCGUAACCCCGGGUCUGCACCGGCCUCCGGCCACCGCCUCGGCCUCUGCGCUGUGGGGCGCCCGGUGCCUCACCGGCAAACGCACCGGCACCGACACCGGCACCGGCUGCACCGCCUCAGCCCCGGCGCUGGGGCGAGUGGGAGCGGAACCGGCCCCGGGACGGUCCUGCACCGAUUUUGUAAUAAAAAGUGGUGGAAACCCG